GCCCUGCUUUGCUCAUUUCCAUUGACUCAACCCACUGCUUUCACAGUGUGAACAUGGCGGAUGCUGGACAGCUGGAAGCGGAGCAGCAGGAAGUCGAGAGGAAGGUAGAAGAAACAAGGCAAAGGUUCAGGAACGAGUAUGUGCAAGAUUCAACAGACAAGUAUGAUCCCAGGGAUGUGGAAAGACUGGAGAAGGAUGACAGCCUGGUGGAAAGCUACCUCACCUGGCGACACUUUGUGGUGGAGGAUACCUUGAAGAUGAUGGACGAAAGCUUGCAGUGGAGAAAAGAGUAUGGACUUAAUGACCUCACCGAAGGCAGCAUUCCAAAAUGGAUGUUCGAGACGGGUGCCGUUUACCUCCACGGCUACGAUAAGGAAGGCAACAAACUGUUCUGGUUCAAGGUUAAGCUGCACGUCAAGGACGCAAGGACCUUCUUAGACAAGAAGAAGUAUGUGGCUUUCUGGCUGGAGCGCUACUUCAGGCGGGAGCCCGGCAUGCCCCUCACAGUCGUGUUCGACAUGUCCGAAUCCGGCUUCAGCAACAUCGACAUGGAGUUUGUGAAGUAUAUCGUCAGUUGUUUCCGGGUGUAUUAUCCAAAGAUGUUAUCCAAGAUGGUCAUGUAUGAGAUGCCUUUCAUCAUGAAUGCGGCUUGGAAGAUUGUCAGGUCGUGGCUGGGCCCAGACGCCAUCAGCAAACUGAAGUUUGUCUCAAAGAGUGACAUCCAGACAUACAUUGAUGUUGAGCACCUGCCGCCGCACAUGGGGGGAACUGACCCCUUCAGAUAUAGCUACCCCCCUCUUCUCGAUGACGACUUCCAAAGCCCGAUCUCUGAGAAUGGUGGACUGCUCAGCGAGGAUGAGAACGAGAGCAAGGAUGGCGAAACGGAGCCCAGCAGCCCCUUGGAGUUGAGCUGUAACAUUGAGGCAACAUGCAAGCCCAGGAAGGUGAACUUUGUGGAGGAGAAUGCGAAGUUGGAGGAAGCUGACAAAAUCGAUGGAGCCAACGGGAGCAGAAGCACCAGGAGACCAUCGACCACCUUCAAGGGCCCGUUACUUCACAUCAGUCCCGCUGAGGAGCUCUGCUUCGAACCAAAGGACAAGAGGAAAUGCCUGAUCACCCUCAACAACGUGACCAAAAAUCCUGUGGCUUUCAAGGUGCGAACAACGGCACCGGAAAAGUACCGAGUGAAGCCCAGCAGCUCGAGUUGCGAGCCCGGAGCGUCCAUAAACAUCGUGGUGUCUCUGCACGGAGGCUCCCAGGCUUCUCUUCAGGACCGGUUUCUGGUCAUGGCUGCGGAGAUGGAGCAGAAUGCCGGAGCUGGUCCUCCAGACCUAGCACAGUUUUGGAAGGAAAUUCCAAAAGCCAGGAUAAUGGAGCACAGGAUGCGAUGUCAUGUUUUUGAGAGCAGCAAACCCACUUUGAGCCCUUUGAUCAACAGCUCUCCAGCAACAGAGAUGAACAGUCAUCAGGACCUGCAGAGCAUGAUUAUGCAGGUCAUGGCCAGCAACUCCCGGCUGGAGCAGAAACUCAACCAGUGCCUGUGGACCCAGAAGGUCCUGAUGUUCCUCCUUUCUGUCUUCAUGGCACUGAGCUUCGGGUUCUCCCUGUUGUAUGCCAGACAAAGGAUUUUUUAACUGAUCGCUGCCCCUCUGUCCAGAAUGCAGACUUCUAAAGCCUGCUAACCCAGUAAGACCCUCACAUGUGACAUAAGGACUAAACCUAAGCACUGGCUCCCCCAGCCUUGGGGUUGGGGGGGGUUGAGACAUGAAGAAAGAUGGGAUUUAAGGCACAGUAAGACAGCCAGUUGCACCAGUGUUGGUGUUUCAGAGUCUCGUGCUCUCGUUGUGAGUCCAACGGACGCUCAGGACUUUAAAAAAAAAAAAAAAAAAAGUAUUUUUUAAUACCUGAAAUUAUUAAAGAUGCCGCUAUUUAUUAUCAUAACUACUAAUUAGAAAAAAAUAGCCAUGUAAUUAAUUUACUUUGAAUAUAUGUACAGUGUUUGCUUA